AGCUUUCUCCCGUUCCGCUCGCUCUGACCCGCUUUGCCUCCAUCACUACCACCACUACCACCACCGCCGCCGCCGCCAUGUCCGAAGAACGAAAGGUCGAGCAAAUCACCCUCAAGGUCGUCGACGCUGACGGCGCCGAAAUCGCAUUCAAAAUCAAGAAGAACACUCUGCUGAAAAAGCUCAUGGACACCUACACCUCCAAGACCGGCAAGGCCCCCAACUCGAUCCGCUUCUCAUACGACGGCACCCGCAUUUCUCCUGAGGAUACUCCCGAGUCGCUCGAGAUGGAGGAUGGCGACCAGAUCCAAGUUCAGCCCGAACAGACCGGCGGAUGCUGAACGGGCAUGCAGCGGACUCUUCCCGCUGUUCACCGACUCGCUGCUGGUCGAUGAGCUUUGCGCUCCCCCCACCUUUCCCACCUCGAUAGCAGUCCUGCUGCGACGAUCCGGACCGAGACCAAUAAACCAGACGGAUGCACCGUCCGGGUCCUGUCUUUUCGAUCCUCAGGCCAGGUCCGCCGGCCCUCCUGGGUCCUCC